ACCGAUCUUUGUAACGUUUCUAUAAUAUUGCCGAUAACGAAUAACGUUAUCGUUUUCGGCGGCGGCGUUGCUGUCACGACGAAAAAAUAUUUAUGCGCUUCCCGUGCGUAGGUAUAAAAUAUUAAUAUGGUAUAAUUGCUCGGCCGUAUAUCAUAGCUAAAAGAUAAUGAUGUCACAACGAUGCAACAAAUAAAUACUAAAAAAGUUAUCGUAACCAAUUACUACAAGCAUUGCUAGCUCGGCGACCGGACGGACGACUGACGAGUGACGAGACUCGUUGAACGCGAUAUGCCGAUAUCGUAACGUAAAGCACUACGGCUAAGCACGUUCGACCUCACGGCACGUGAUAUUCAGUUCGGUUCCUCAUCUCGUUAGUCAUUACUCGAUAAUAUCGACGCCGUUGGUUCUCUUAAAUUGUACCAUACAUAUAUGGUUCAGUCGUCUCCCGUUGUCGAGAGCGUCAUGCACGUCAUUUGCGACGAGCGGAAAUCGCCGACGAACGCCUCCAAGCCGUUGGUCUUCAACCCUACGCCAGUCACACUUUGUCGACGUCCGGAAUGAAUGGUGAAAUAGGAUGGAUGUGAGCGGUCCCCAUUCGCCGACAGACCGACCGAUGGUUUGCUCGCUGUCUGCGAUUCUACCAUAGAACACAAUCUAUGAUACUACUAUGAAUUAACGAAGAAGUUAUUUCAAAUUAACUACAAUGAAAAGUGAUAUCUUAUAUUUUACCCGACCAGGCAUUAAAAAAAAUGCCAUUCUAACUUUUUGUAUCGGUGUAAUAUUUGGAAUAUUUUUUGCUUAUACUACAGUAACCAUUACUGAAUGCCAUUUUAAGGAUAUCAAAAUAUUUCCAUCGAAGUUUUCAUAUGAUUCGGUUAGAUACAGUGAUCGUCAUUCACAUGGACAUGACAAUGAAGGUUCAUUCAAUGAUUCACUCAUUAUGAAAGGCCACGAAGAAAAUGAGACAUUGCACUUUCACGAAGAUCUCGUAGCUCAAGAACUUAAAAAACGAAUUAGAGUUCUUUGUUGGAUCAUGACUAGUCCCAGUAAUCACAUUAAAAAAGCAAGACAUGUAAAAGCUACAUGGGGUAAACGUUGCAAUACAUUACUUUUUAUGAGCACUGCUGAAGAUAAAAGUUUACCUUCUAUUGCAUUACCAGUUAAAGAGGGAAGAGAUUCUCUUUGGGGUAAAACUAAAGAAGCAUUUAAGUACAUACAUAAACAUUAUAAUGAUUAUGACUAUGUAUUGAAAGCUGAUGAUGACACGUAUGUUGUAGUAGAGAACUUGAGGUAUAUGCUAACUUCAUUUAACCCAAAAGAUCCAAUCUUCUUAGGUUGUAGGUUUAAACCCUAUGUUAAACAGGGAUAUAUGAGUGGCGGUGCAGGUUAUUUGUUAAGCAAAGAAUCGGUUAAGAGGUUCGUUGAAAAAGCUAUACCUCAUAAACAAUGCCGGCAAGAUAAUGGUGGAGCCGAAGAUGUAGAAAUUGGUAUCUGUCUUCAAUUAGUUGGAGUAAAAGCUGAGGAUUCUCGAGAUAGUUUAGGUCGAGGACGUUUCUUUCCAUUUAUUCCAGAACACCAUCUUAUACCUGGGCAUACAGAUCCAAGUUUUUGGUACUGGAAAUAUAUUUAUUAUCCAAUAGUAGAGGGUAUGGAUUGUUGUUCAGAUACUGCUAUUUCAUUCCAUUAUGUUAAUCCUAAUAAUAUGUAUGUUCUUGAAUAUCUAAUUUAUCAUUUACGACCAUAUGGAGUGUCUCAGAAUAUUGAUCAAGCUAUCGUAAACAAAAUUUACCCUAACAAAGAAAGUAAUGCUACAAAGACUGAUCAGCCAAUAAACAAAACACAUCAUGUAUAAACUUGAAUUAAAUGUUCUUACGACACUUUACUGUCUGAUUACAGUGUUGACUCUUAUAUUGUAUAUUAUUUAUAAUUAUAUCUAUACACAAAUUAGAAUAAUUAGUUCCGUGCCAUUUACAUGUUCUGUUUGUGCAUAGAACAUUUUUACUAGUCAAUCAUUUUUUGGCAAAUCCUAGUCAAUUUGCUCAUAAAGUUCUUAUUGAUGGAACUUAAUUUCUUAAAAUUGUAUUUCUUAUUAUAUAAACAUUGUAAAUGAAAAAAAUAAUACAAUUGUGCACCAUAUUUAUUUAUUUAUGGA